AUGAAGAUCUUAAAAAGUCUUCAAAAUACAUUUGAAAAAUAUGAUGAAAUUGCAACAAAAAUUGACAGCCUUAAAAAGCAAAAAGAUGAAAAAAGUAAGGCGUCCGGAGGGACGCCGUCCGACAGUCAGCCUGAGAUUGAGAGGCAAAUUAGGCAAGAAAAAUUGAAGCUUGAUGAAAUCGUAAAAAAGCGUGAACAGCAAAUUAAAGAGCUUAAUGAUGCUUUAAGUGAGCCUAAAAAGCAAAUUGAGUCUCUGAUUUCCAAGCUUCAGAUAAGUGUUACUGGCCUUCAAAAGGAAAUUGAAGCAGAGCGUCAAAAGCAAAUUAAAGAGCUUCAAUAUAAGGGAUAUAAAGAUGAUGAAGCAAAAAAAUAUGUCUCCAUUCCCUCCCAUCUUUCUCAUCCUCUUGAAACUGAGCAGGCUAAAUUGAAGUCUCACAAGGCUUCGUUGGAGUCUCUUAAAAAUCUUGAUAAGCUUAUUACAUUUCAUCAGAAUGUUCAAUCUAAAAAAGGUGAUGAAUGUAAAGAUAUUUUAAGCAAUCUGUGUACAGGUCUCCAAACAUUCUUAGGUUUCAAUUCAACUUCCAAAGGCUACGAUGGCACUGGCAUCGUGUACUCCGACCUUGACAGGCUCUGCGACGGGGUGAUGGCGUUCUUGCAUUCCGUGCUUAAAGAUGUCUACAAUAAACAGCCUUACCAAGUAGGCAGGGACAUGUUAAAUAAUGUAGUUGAGAGCCUUAGAAAUGCUUUGUGUUCAGGUCAUAAUGGUUUUAAGAGUGUCAUUGACCAGGUGGCGCAGGGCGUCGGGGGGUAUAAUAGGGAAGUAAGGGAGAGUAAUGAGAGGGUGAAGGUAAUUAUAAACAAGAUGUCCGAGCACAUGACGACGCUUAGAAAAGAGGUAAGUAAGCAUUUAGAAUAUCAUGCUGAUUCAGAUAAUUUGGAUGAAGUCAAGAGGGCUGCGGAGAAGGCCAGCGAAUUGGUGAACGAGUACGCCCAGAAGGGCGGCAAUUUCAAGAACGGUUUCGAUAAUGUAACAAAAAACUCAUGGAACGCAGGUGUUACAGUUAAACCGAAAGAAGAAUUUAUGGACUUAAAUCCUGCAUUAAAAUUAAAAAUCGAGACGGCGAGAGACAAUACUGUGCAUGAAGCUGAGAGGCUGAGAGAGCUGUCGAAGAAGGAGAGAGAGAACUUAGAUGCGAUGACAGGGAAAAUCAGUGAUGCGUUGCGCUCGCUCAAAAGGUGCGUGAAUGAAAGAAUUAUGAAAGAUGUUAAUAAGCUUGUCGAGGAUUUGAAUAAAAAGGUUUCAGAGAUCUUGAAAUUGCUUAGAGAAGUUGAGAAUAGUUUGAGAGAAUAUAUUGAGCAGUUGCAAGAGUGGAUUAAAGAUGCCGAUGAUAUCGUUGGUGACGCAAUGGGGAACGUGACAAAAAUCGAGAAUGGAAAUGUCGGCAUGGUAAACAAACAAAACAUCGAAAGCGCAGGAAAGGAAAUAGAGACGCGGAAAACGGCGCUGGAUGAGUAUAUUACUAGCAUGAGAGAGCAAAGUAAAGCAAAGAUUACCGCGGCGAAAGGGACAGAAGUUAAAGCAUUAGAAACUUGGAAAAACGCCGCGACCGUUGUGAUCGGAAAGGCGCAGGGGAAGUGUGAAGCAAUAUUGUUGAAGUCUGACAUAAAUGAUCUUAAAAAUGGACAGAAUGUUGUAAUUAAAAAGCAAGCUGACGCACUGCAGAAAAAAGCCAAUGACCUUUUGAACGCUUACAGCCAGGCGCAUGGGAAAGUUGGCGAUUUGGUAAGUCAAGUAAAAGGAGCCAUUGGAGAUUUGGAAACCGGCAUGAAAGAGGAUUUGGUGAGAAUCAGAGAUACAAUUGUGCAGAAGAUGAAGAACCAUGUUGGCGGGAUGCUUGCGCAGAUUCAGGGGGAGGUGAAGAAGAUUAAGGGGGAGGGAGAUACAGGGUUGGAGGGGAUAAAGGAGAAAGUGAAGGUGUGGGCGGAGAAGUUCAAGAACCAGGACCAAUUUGGGGAAACAGUCAAGAGCUGGAGUGAUGAGAUUGUGGAAAAACUUGGCGGCGCGAGUGGAUUGAGAUCGUAUCUGUUGAACAAUGGGCAAACUCCGAGCAGCGUUACUGCUGCCGUUAGGAAGUUACAGGAGGCUGUCAAGGGAGAGAUUCCAUCUCAGCUUAAGAGCGAAGUUGUAGAUACAGCUGCUAAUGCGUUUGGAAGUGUGUCCUCUACCGACACAAUUGUUGUUAAUCUAACCGGUGUAAAAAAUGUUUGCACGCAGUUUGCGGACUCCCUUGAGAAACAAAUGAAUGGGAAAGUGAGAGGGAUUGCAGCGGCGCUGAAAGGAAGUGCAAUACGUGAUUUGGGAAUCCCCCAACGUGGUGACAAUUACGAGACUGACCUCAGAGCAGCCAUCGAACGCAUCCUACACGCACUCGCUGCCAACGCAAAGAACCUCGCCGCCGAAAUCGAUUCACUGCUCCUCAAGGACAAGGGUGGCAGGGGCAGCGAGCAAAACAUCGCCAAAAUCUUGGACAAAAUCACGGGGGUUGCUGAUAGCCUUCACAGUGAUCUCGGAGCGGCGUAUAAACAAACCAGCAAAAGUGACCUCACACCCUCAGGCUCUGGUCCCGGCGCCACCCUCGACGAAAAGGUCAAGCAUAUUAAGACGGAAGUCAACAAGUCAUUUAAUAAUGGUAACAUAAUCGUCGAUGACGUCAUGACCUCUUACAAAGGUAAGAAAGAAAACACCGGGAGCGGUGACCAUAAAUAUCACAAGUUGCUCCAAAACGACAUCCCAACCGCGAUGGACGCUUUCAAGACUCAUGUCGACAAUGGUAAUAACGGUGCCAUCGUCACAACAAAAGCCUUAGUCGAAGGGUGGGCAGGCAAAAUCACCUCCGAGCUCCAGGCCAUCGCCCACUUCGUCGAUAAGAGCAAGACUCCGCCACCGUCGCUGGGACUUCCGGUUGAAAAUGGCAUACAAGACUGGUUAACUAUGUUGAGAGAGAAGGGGCUUAAAAGUGAGGAAACAUGGACACCAGUUACCGAUCAGACUUCCAAAGGCCUCAUGAGGAUCAAGGCGGAGAUUGACACAGCGCUCGACGGUAUCGAUAACCACUUCUCUGGAUUGAAUGUGGGCGUAACCACAGAUGCCCUCCAAAAGUUGUCUGACAGUAUUAAAUCCAAUCUCCAAGCAUUAAAAGAUGCCUUGACAAAAGCCGGUAAAAAGGUCAACCAGCAAUUGAGUGAGCACAAGACUAAGAUCGGCAGGACCUAUUUCGGUGACACUGUUAAGAAUGGAACUCUGCAAAAAAUCCACGAUCAACUAGAAGAGCUGCUAAAUGGCUCCUUGACAAAGGUCAUACAGGCGGCCGAAGAGUUUCCCAAGCAAGCCAACGAUUUGCGUAAUAAAACCAUCAGUGCACUGGACAGACACGUAGAGCAGCAAGCUGACUCCGCCCGAGACCAACUCAUCACCCUUGCCAACAAAAAUUACGUGACGUCAGUCAAAGAGAUGCUGAAUGCAUUUGCUAGCAGAGUUGAAAAGAUACUGCAGCCUCUGCCAACAGCCAUCGACACCGACCGAAAGGAGGGCUUUAAGGGGUUUAUGAGAACAUUUCAAGGCAGAAUUGACGGAAAUAAUACGACGCAGGAUAAUAUUAAUUUGCUCAACGAUCUUGCAGGUCAGCCAUCUGACAAAGCUGAGGAGAAAGCAAAACUCUUCAAAAUUCUGUCUGAGAAAUUCCGAGACUUUUGGCAGCCACUCUACAAAUAUCUCAACGAAGAAAUCAAGAGAAUACAUGAGCAGGAAAAUAAGAAGAAAAACCCUGUGCCGACCGGGAAGGAAGAGUUGUACACCCCUAAACUUGAGUCAGUCGAUUACGAACUUAACACGCUACUUAACUACACUACUGGCGUAAAACGGUACGACCACAAGGUGCCUGAGUACCUUGAAGGACUGGCGGAAGCAGUCAGCUAUCUAGGCCCGGAUUCAUCUUUCGAGCCAACCACCCCACUCCUAGGCUCUAUUGGCAACGGCCUCCAGAAUUUUGUUGCCGAACUCAAGCUGGCGUAUAUAUCAAAGUAUGAUGCUGCAGCCCCAAUCUCCAAUUGGGUGACGGAGGGUGAAAAAUCAGCAGUAACUAAGGAUGGCAAAAAUUGCGCCAAAAGUUUCCUUACACUGCUGUCUACUCUGAAGGGUUCGUUAAGUAUAUUGAAACGUAACUGCAAGGCCCUCAGUGGACAGCAAAUAAAUUCGUCCACUGAUCUUGGGAAGUUGUUGGUUGGCCAAGGCUACAAUGUUUCCGGGCAAGGCCAACAAAAUGGCGAAUUACAAGAUAAAGCUGAUAUGAAGGGUGAGCGUAUUACUGCAAUGCUUAUCAGGAUCGUGGACGGAACCGACGGCAAUACGCACCUAAAAACGUGUAUAGAUGAGAAUAUUGCGGAAGAAGAGACCACGAAAGGGAAGACAAAAUCACGAUUCAAUUUAUUGGAUAUCGUUGCCUGCCUCUUCAGACAUAUCGAACAGUACAAUGAAGUUUGCCACUACGCAACUUCUUUUUCCAAGAAACAACCGUGCAGUGUUAAUGAAAUGCUUUCUUGGUUCUCAGGUCUGCCGUAUAACGCUGUGUAUUCCACUCUAUUACGUGACGGUUUCACUAGCCUCCUGCAGAAGCCUAAGCCCAAAACCAUACAGGGCGGCGACGAAUUUGAAGUAGAAUUAGAUGAUCUGAAUUCCUACUACCUAGAUGCAUACCCAAAUAAGUUCACAUAUAAAAAUAUAAACACAGCGCUCGAUCACAUAUGUUCUCAAUCAUAUAAUGUUCUCGUUGGCAUUGCUGGUCACGGCGAUGCAUACACCAUCUAUGGUAGUGACCACUGCAACAAUUCUUUUAAUUUACAUUAUCCUUCCAAUGCAUCACAGUGCCGUGAUAUGAUUGUAGAUCUUCUCCGCCGACUUUUACCACCGCUCACGUAUUUGUUCAACCGAUGUAAUGUUCCACCUGAGCACUACGGCUGGCGGGAGUGUCGGUACGGCAGGGACAUUCCCACCACCAAAUCGCACUGUAACGAACAAUCAACUGACCAAUCAACGUGCCAACCUAGAAUGCAACCUACGUGCCAACCAAAUUGUCAACCAACGUGUCAGCCAAAGUGUCAACCUAGCUGCCAGCCAACGUCACCAUUAAUGUCCUACUUAAAUGACUGCCUAACGGGUCACUUACCACAUCACUUAAUUAGUGUCGGAUGUACAUCCAAAUGUUCCACUUGCCCCGGUGGUAAGCCAGGUAUGCCGUGUCUCACGCCGCUUGGUUUUAAGGGUUUCUCAGGAAGUAUACGUACGGGUAAAGAGCUGUACGAAACUAUUAAGUUUUUCCUCGGUACCGGUCUAAUCUCAACCCUAUUCGGCUUGGCGCCUAGGCCGCCGAAGACACUGCCUGAACACUUCAGUUUCGUAAUGCAACAUUUCGGUAAUUGGCAGAAGGUUUUCUCAGGAAACAAACAUGCUCUGCAAUUUGCAUUUGAAGGCUCGAUGGACAAGCUGUCUAUACAUCAAGUCACCGAUGCCAAUGAACUUUGUGAUGCAUUUAGAGCCAUUUACGGAUCCAAAGAUAAGGACCCCGGAUACGAUUCAGCCCACCCAGAUGCCAACCACGUUGACAUGUUCAGCCUGUGCCUACCUAAGUAUAAGAACCGCUGCUCUAGUGAAACCCAUUGUGCGCCUUACCUUAAUUCCUUGUCUCACGAUGCGUAUUAUUACUUACCUCACAAGCACUCUAACACAUACCUCUCCUGGGCCAUAUACCUCCCAUGGACGUUCUGGGAUCUACUAAACAAUUUAUAUAACGCUUUCUGUGAAAUCACUUGUGCAGAUUGGGGAUGCAGAGGAUGUCUCAGAGGGGAGAAGUGCAGGAGUGGCAAGCAUGGCGUCAUUGAGGAUGAGAAGAAAGAUGUUACCUGUCAGUGUGAUUCCAUAGUGAAAUGCAGAGGCGUGGCACCGACGCUCUACCAGUACGGAUUCAGCUUCGGCGAGGCGUCGACGUUGAAUGGUGGUAGCACAGCGAAAAAGUGUAAGGAUUUCUGCAGUCAAUUGAAGAAAGUGCUGCAGUCACAGUACUUCAAGGAUUUGUUCAAGGAGUGUGAUGAAUUCUUGAAACAGAUCAGAUGGCCAUUUAUGCUAACGUUAUUAGCCCUCUGGUCGCUGUCGCUCCUGUACCUGCUGCACAUCGCCGUCGUCCGCCUCGACGUCCUGAGGAUACGCUCGCACCUAAAAUCACCCGCAAGCCACCGCAUCGCCGCGCAGUCCCUCCUCGCCGCCGCACGCGUCAAGGCACUCGCCAACGUCAAGGGGAAAGCCUUGGGGGAUAUUGAGGAGAGGCAGAAGACACUUAAGGAUCUUCAAGGUAAGCUUGAAGGUUUCAUUGGAAAAGAGAAGGAUAAUCCUGCAACAGAAAUACUAAAAAACCUCACUGACGGUUUAGAAAACUUCCUAGGCUUCAAUCCAUCUUCCAAAGGCUACGAUGGCUCCGGCAUCGUGUACUCUGACCUUGACAGGCUCUGCGACGGGGUGAUGGCGUUCUUGCAUUCCGUGCUUAAAGAUGUCCAUGAUAAACAGCAUUACAAUGUUGGUAAACAAGGCUUAGAAAAUGUUGUUAGUAAGCUUAAUGAUGCUUUGUGUUCAGGUCAUAAGGGUUUUAAGAGAGUCAUUGCCGAGGUGGCCGCCGGUGUCGGGGGGUAUAAUGAAGCUCUUAAAAAUUCAAAUUAUGAAAUUGAAACGGUUAUAAAUAACAUGAGUGCUGAGGUUGGAAAGACCUUGACAAAAAAGUUGAAUACUAUAAAAGAGAAGACUACUGAGGAGUCUGACGUUAAGAGAGCCUUCGACUUGGCCAACGAGUAUGCUCAGAAAGGUGACGAUUUCAAGAAAGGUUUUCGUGUAAGAGUUGGCAGCAAGUAUGAACAUAAACAACAAUAUACAGACUUAAAUUACGAAUUACGGGAUAAAAUAGACAACGCAAAAAAUAACAUUUCGCAAGAAGCCAGUAGGCUCCGGACGUUGUCGAGCAAGGAGGACAGUGAUCGGAAGGAGAUGAUCAAAAGCAUUACUGAGACGUUGAAUGGUAUUAAAAAGCAUGUCGUCUGGAGAAUUGGUGAGGAAGUAAAUAAGCUUGUUAAGCAGCUGAAGGAUAAAGUUGAGGCCGUUAAAAAGGAGUUGGAGAAAAUCAAUAAAACAUUGAUCAGCUAUAUUGAGAAAUUGCAACAGUGGAUUAAGAAUGCGGACAAAACCGUGGGUGACGCGGAAAUGAAGGUAAAUGACUUCAUAAAUAAGGAUGUUGGAUCUACUCAUAAAAAUGAGAUAGACCGCAUUGCAAGGUCAUUGGACGGUUGGGGAGACGUGCUUGAGAAAUAUUGGAAUGACCUUAAGGAGUUGACUCAAGAAGUUGAUGCGAAGAUGAAGGCGCUUGCAGGGGAGUUUAAGGAUAUCCAAGAUGAAACUAAUAAAAAUAUUAAAGGGAUUUUGGAGCAUGUUAGAGGGAAGGCUUAUACAAUUAAAGAGAAGGUUGCAAUGCAAAGCCUCCAAAGUAGUAUAUAUUAUGAGUGGGAUAAUCUUAAGAUUCAAGUUAAAACUCAGACUGAUAAGAUGUCGAAUGAGGAGCAUGGGACGGAUCCUGGCUGUGUUGAUUCUAUCGAAAGCGGCAUCGGGAAUUACGGUGCGCAUUUCAAUGAGAAAUUCAAAGCGGCGAUAGGGACUAUGGUUCAAGGAAUGGUGUAUGAAUCGGAGGGAGCUGUGAGCAAUCAAAUUCAUGAGUAUUAUAAUCUGUAUAGAACUGCAUUAAACGGUAAAAAGGCGGAAAAUAUUAAGAAAGCCAUUCAUAAUCAGUUGACUGAUACCAUUGCUGCCGCUGCACAGCAGACUAGGAUCCAAUACGAAGGUGCCUUAAAAGUCACUCUGAGCAGUAUUCAAGAAUAUUUGACAAUGUUCGCUACGGCGGUUGAUCCAGGAAAGGCUGAGAGCAUUGCCGGAAAGGUUUUGAGUGAUGAAGCGCUGAGUGGUCCACCUUCAGCCAAACCUUAUGUAACAAGAGCCCUAAAAACCAUUUUACUCGCUGUGCGCUCUUCAGUCGAGCGGGUCAUGGGGGAGCUGAAGUUGUUCACUUCGGAUGACAGCAAUCCCAAGUACAAGCUAGGCGAAAACGUGGACACUAUUAUUACAUGCGUUGAUGAAAUUAAAAAGCAGCUUGACGAAACCUCAGACCAGUACUCCAGUGGCCAUGGAAAGCAGAUCGAUGACGCGUUGGCAAAAGUGACUCCCACAAUUACAGGUCUCCACGACCACCUCACCGCGGCGACUGCGGAUUCCAACAAUCACGCCCAAGCCCUGGAUAAGGCGAUCGAGAAAGUCACCGACAAGUCUAACGAUCCAAGCGUCAAACAAGCCGGAGAGAACCUCGACAAAUUGGCUGCCAAUAUAACGAGUAACCUUAAUAGCCUAAUGAGUGAGGUUUCUCGCGUGGCCAAUGAGGUUAACCUACAAUUGAUAGCUUUUAAGAAAAACAAAAUUGGCAGGGUCGACAGAGGCACGCCUGUUGCUGAAAGCCUUCAAGAUAUUCACAAUAAACUCAGUGCGCUGCAAAAGGGCCCGCUUGUUAAGGCAAUCGGGGACACUGAAGUAUUUCUGGGUUUUGCUACCGAACAAGGCACUUCAACCAUAAAAACCCUUACAGACCACGUCAACCAGGAAGUCCAAAAUACGCAAGAUACGCUGACUAGCCAGGUCCGGCGUAACUAUGUUGCGUCCGUCAAGCGAAUACUCGAGGCAUUCGCCUUCAGAGUUGAAAAGGAGCUGCAAGAUUUACCUAAGCAAAUUGACAAAGACCGUCGGGAGGGCUUCAAGGGUUUUAUGAGAACCUUUGAAGGCAGAAUUGACGGAAAUAAUACGACGGAGGAAAACAUUAAAACGCUCAAAGAUCUUGCAGAUCAGCAAGCUGACUCAGCUGAGCAGAAAGCAAAACUCUUCAAAACUUUAUCUGCAGAAUUCCAAAAAUGGUACAAUCACAUCAACACGUAUCUUGUCAAUGAGACUAAAAGGGAACACAGAGAAAAUAUGCAAAAGAGAAAUCCUCCAGUGAAUGACAAAAGGAAUCCACAUCCCUGUGUAGAGCACCUCAGCACUCUGAAAAGCAAAUUAGACGCUUUACUCACUCACCUUAAUGAUCUUGAUAAUUCGAAUAGAAAAUACAUUUUCAACAAUGAAUUUGUCCAAUUACGUGACUCACUUGCUAGCUCACUUAGCACCUUUAAGCCGUCCCAGUUCUCGGGCAUUUUCGGCGCUGAGUUAAUGGAUGCGCUGAAUGGCGGACUGAACUCCCUCGUUGGAGAGUUGCAUAAGGCGUACGUUAAUGCAUAUGACGGGCAUCCUAAGCAAAUAAAUUUAAGUAAAUUGCUGCAAGAUAAACCACAAAAGGAUGCUGCUACACCAGCCGAAAAGGUGCUCACCCCGGACGGCGAAAAUAUGUCUAAGGUGUUCUUGUCCAUACUGGAGAUCAUGAGUGAGGACCUUACGUAUUUGAAACAAAAAUCCAUUGCGAAAUGGUCUACAAGUAGAAUAUAUUGCGGUAGCAGUCUAGGUACAUUUUUGAGCAAUUGCGGCUACAUUGUCCCCAAGAAUGAGAGAUCUCAAGAUGGCGAAUUGAGGUAUAAUAAGCAGUGCGACGGUAAAUACAUUUAUGAUACACUUCUUAUUGGCGAUUUCCCUUGUCUUUUCGACACGGAUAAAAAUGCUAAACGUGCAUUCGAAACUGUUUACGAAUAUCUCCAAGCGUAUUACGUUGUGUGCCACGUCGCCACUUCCUUCUCCAAGAAGCGUCCGUGUUCCAUUUACGAGAUGCUUGCCUGGUGUACCAGUCUGCUACAUAAUCCCGUGUAUAUCGAUUUGACAACAAAUGACUUCAGUCACCUGUUCGACAAGCCGAAGAAGAAGGAAGCGAACAGCAUUGACUUCGAUGGCAUAUCCCUUGAAGAGCCAAGCAGCCUAUCGUUAUCAGCGUAUCCACAAAAGAUCGCGCAGAGUGAUAUACAUCUUGCAAUAAUACAUGUCACGUCCCUUGCUCCAGUGAUCCUGACUACCAUCGCCGGCUACGGCGACGAGUUCACCACAUAUGCUGUUGACUACCAUAGUAACGCCCUUAAUUUCACUUACCCCUCAUCGGCCGGGGAGUGUCUCAACAUGUUGCUUGAAUAUCUCCGUAGAAUGUUCCCUGUAUUUAGAUUUUUGCAUCAUCAGUGUAACAAUUUGGUGUCCGAGCACGGCUGGUACAGCUGCAAGUACGGCAAAGAUGUCAAGUCAGCCAAGUGGCCGUGUAGUGACCACUCAAACAGCAAACCAAAUUGCCAGGCAAUGUGCCAACCAAAUUGCCAACCAAAUAGUAAACCAAACUGUCAACCAACUUCGCCUUUAAUGUCCUAUCUAAAUGAUUGCCUGCCAGGGCAUCUGCCGCACCAACUGGUGUCAGUUGGUUGCAAAUCUAUAUGUAGCACUUGUCCCAGAAGUAAGCCCGGGAUGCCAUGUUUAACGCCACUUGGGUUCCGAGGUUUCUCAGGAAGCACAAAGACAGGCAAAGACUUAUGCAAAGUGCUGACCAACUUCUUUGGUAACGGUGUAACUUCACCCCUGCUCUCCGUUGCACCCAAACCGCCGAGCAACCUAGCAGAGCACUUCCAAUUUGCAUUGUCAUUUGUGAAAGGCUGGUCAUAUGGUGGCAGUAACGGACUCAAAACGGUGAUCGAAAAUUCCGCCAAAAGUGUGUCCAUUAACCUGUAUGACCAACCGACGAAACUAACAGCUGCACUUACUAAUGCGUACCGUAAUACGCAUAGCAAAAAUGGAGGUAAGGAUCAUCUUACUGCGUACGCUGACGUGUCUAGUCUAGCAAUGACACCAGCGUGUGAUGAUCGUGUCGGAAAAGCAUUGUGCGCUCCAUAUGUUGCAUCACUCUGUGGCGACACAUAUGCUUACUUUGCUGAGAAGCAUUGCAACACAUAUUUGUCGUGGGCCAUCUACCUCCCAUGGACGUUCUGGGAUUUACUCAACAAUUUAUAUAAUGCCUUUUGCCAAAUCACUUGUGCAGAUUGGGGAUGCCGUGGAUGUCUCAGAGGAGACAAGUGCAGGAGUGGCAAGCAUGGCGUCGUUGAAGAUGAGAAGAAAGCAGAUGUCACAUGUCAGUGUCUUUCUAUAGUAUCCUGCAGAGGCGUGGCACCGACGCUCUACCAGUACGGAUUCAGCUUCGGCGAGGCGUCGACGUUGAAUGGUGGUAGCACAGCGAAGAAGUGUAAGGAUUUCUGUAGUCAAUUAAGGAAUGUGUUACAAUCACAAUAUUUCAAGGACUUGUUCAAGGAGUGCGACAAUUUCCUGAAAGAAAUCAGAUGGCCAUUUAUGCUAACGUUGUUAGCCCUCUGGUCGCUGUCGCUCCUGUACCUGCUGCACAUCGCCGUCGUCCGCCUCGACGUCCUGAGGAUACGCUCCCACCUGAGAUCACCCGCAAGCCACCGCAUCGCCGCCCAGUCCCUCCUCGCCGCCGCACGCGUCAAGGCACUCGCCAACGUCAAGUACUUCUCACCAUAA